AUGGCCUCCAUCGCCGCGCCAAGCCUGCCCGGCAACGCUGCUAUCGCCGAAGCCAAUGAGGCGUUCCCCAGCCUUUGUUUACAUGACGAGCAGGAGCACAAGCGCCAGGGGCAGCAAGAACGACCCGUCCAGCACACAGCGCCGUAUCACCAACCCUACGAAACCGGCGAAAUCGAAGCUGCCCAGCCAGACCAAUUCAACUCAGUCGACACAACGCACACGUACCCCGACCAUCAGGAUCAGCAUUACCAGCAUUACCAGCAUUAUCAGGUGCCGCUUGCCCAACACCCCUCCAUCCCGUCCAAGCCCAACGACCUCGUCAACCGUCCGUCGUCCGUGUCGCUCGUCUCGGCGGUCUCGACCUUUUCCGCCGCCUCCUUCUCGACCGACGCGGCCGUUCCUGUCCACGUCGACGCCGACUUUGAUCCCCGACGUGCCUCGAUCAUCAGUGCCGCCUCGUCGCUCUCGUCGCUCUCGUCACUCGCCCCGUCCGCGUCUCCGCCGCUCCCCUCGACUGCCGCCGUACCGAGCAUCCAGACCGCACCCCAGCACCAGCGUCCGCUGACGCGAAGCCGCCGCAACGCCAAGCAGCUGCAUGCCGCCAGGGUCCAACGAUCCGCGAGCGUGGCCCUGAACGAGCCCAGCAGCGACAGCAGUGCCUCCAAAGAGCAGGACAGCGACAGCCUCGCCCGCAGAGACACCAACGGCAGCCGCGAAGCCAAAGACUGGGACUGGACCAGCCGUCGAGUCAGCAACACAAGCCCGUCGCCCGCCGACGACGACAAGGAGCAGCAGCAGCAAGGAGGAGGCCUCGCCAGAAUGGCCUACGCAGAGCAGCAGCGGUGGAUCAAGGUCCAGGAGAAGACGUUUACAAAAUGGCUCAACACGAAGCUGCAGGAGCGCGACCUCGAGGUCAAGGACCUGGUCGCUGAUCUGAGCGACGGCGUCUUGCUCAUCCACCUGCUCGAGUGCCUGUCGAACGAGUCGCUCGGCCGCUACGCCGCCAAGCCCAAGCUGCGCGUCCAGCGCUUUGAGAACGCCAACCUGUCGCUCAACUUUAUCAAGUCGCGCGGCAUCCAGAUGACCAACAUUGGCGCCGAAGACGUCGUCGACGGCAACCGCAAGAUCAUCCUGGGCCUCAUCUGGACGCUGAUUCUGCGCUUCACCAUCAGCGACAUCCACGAGGAGGGCAUGACGGCCAAGGAGGGCCUGCUGCUGUGGUGCCAGCGCAAGACGGCGUGCUACGACGAGGUCGACGUGCGCGACUUCAGCGCCAGCUGGAACGACGGCCUUGCCUUUUGCGCCCUCCUCGACAUCCACCGCCCGGACCUCAUCGACUACGACGCCCUCGACAAGAACGACCGCCGCGGCAACAUGCAGCUGGCCUUUGACCUGGCGCACCGCGAGAUCGGCAUCCCCAAGCUGCUCGACGUCGAGGACGUCUGCGACGUGGCCAAGCCCGACGACCGCAGUCUGAUGACCUACAUUGCCUACUGGUUCCACGCCUUUUCGCAGAUGGAAAAGGUCGAGAACGCCGGCCGCCGCGUCGAAAAGUUUGUCAACAACAUGCAGGGCGCCUGGGAGAUGCAGAGCGCCUACGAGCGCCGCGUGGCCGAGCUGCUGCGCCAGAUCCGCGCCCAGGUCGGCGCGUGGCGCGACGCCACCUUUGCCGGCACCUAUGCCGACGCCAAGGCCCAGGCCGCCGCCUUUGCCUCGUACAAGCGCGGCCGGAAGCGCGAGUGGGUCGCCGAGAAGAGCGAGCUGGCCACACUGCUGGGCAACAUCAAGACCAAGCUCGGCACCUACCGCCUGCGGCCCUACGAGCCGCCCACCGACCUGCGCCUCGAGGUCAUGGACCGCGAGUGGGCGGCGCUGGCCACGUCCGAGAUGAGCCGCGGCCAGCUGAUCAACGAGACCAUCCGCGACAUCAAGAACAACCUGCGCAAGUCCUUUGCCGACAAGGCCAACGACUUCGCCCUCGCCCUCAACACGGUCCAGCUGGCCAUUUCCGGCCUCGAGGGCGACGUGGAGGACCAGCUGCACCACGUGCGCAAGCUGUCCCAGAACCUGCCGCCCCUCGAAAAGUACCUGGCCACCAUUGCCGCCGUCGACGCCCAGUGCCAGGAGGCCAACAUUGAAGAGAACGACUUCACCACGUACACGUACGACGAGCUGACCUACGAGCUGGGGCUGGUCAAGGCCAGCGUGUCCAAGAAGCUGGCCUUCCUCGAGAACCAGAUGGUCGCCCGCAGCAUGACCAACCUCACGCCCAUCCAGCUCGAGGAGUUUGAGUCGGUGUUCCGCCACUUUGACCGCGACGACAGCAACGCCCUGCAGGAGCUCGAGUUCUCCGCCGCCCUGGCCUCGCUCGGCCUGGUCUUUUCCGAGGACGAGAUGCACGAGUACUUUGUCGACGCCGCCAGCACCACCACCGGCAACGGCUCCAUCACCAUCCACAAGGACCGCGUGUCGUUUGAGCAGUUUAUCCGCUUCAUGGUCGACGUCACCGAAGACCAAAACACCGCCGAGCAGGUGUUCCAGUCCUUCCGCGAGGUCGCCGACGGCAAGCCCUACGUCACCGAAAUGGACCUGCGCCACUCGCUGGUGCCGGACGAGGUCAUUGACAAGCUCGUGACCAUGAUGCCGAGGCACGCCGGGCCCGACCUGGCCGAGGACCGGGGCACGCCGCAGUACGACUACAUUACCUUUAUGGACAAAAUGAUGGGCGACCUGGAGCCCUCCGGCGCCUCCUCCUCACCACAAAUACCACAGACCCAGCCGCAGCCCGCCUCGGCAACGCCCUCACAAGCAUCUACGUUUUCGUCGGCGUCAUCGUCGUCACAGCAACAGUACAAGCACAACUCGACCUCGUCGUCCGUCUCGUCGUCCUCCUCCUACUCACUGCCCCCGGCCGGCAGCCAAAGCCCAAAGAAGCCGGUGCACUAG